CCUUCGCGCAGAGAUUUUAGCGAGACUGACUCACAUGGAUCUGGUCUUGGCUCUGGGGAACCGAUGGAUGGUCGUUUUGACGAUCAGCUUGCUUUCCAUCUUAUUAGAGGCCGGCUUGCUAGUGCACUUUCUGAUGACCUGUCUGAUAAAAUUGGACAUACUUCAUGCACAAAUGGGUCAGAACUAGGUGUGGCACCCCCUGCACGCAAUCCAGGAGCCGCCGUUUUUAGCCUCCUCUCCUCUGUAAUGCUUCCAUUAGCCAAUUUGCUCGAGCAAGCAGAGCAAAUGGGCUAUCUUACCCCAACUUGCGGUGGUUCCAGACUCCGAACCUGGCUGGCCAGCCAGACUACUCUAGAGCAGACUCACCGUGUAAAUGCCUAUUUGGCUCAGCUUCGGACCUGUUUGACAGACAGACAACGUCUACUGACCCAUUUCGAAGUACAUGGCGACGUCAGGUUGGUGCCGGCGCCCAAAACAUUUUUAUGUAAUCCAAGAUUGUCUUAUAAGCAACUGGGUCGAGGAGGAUGGGGCCAUUAA